GCUUCCGCGGCGCCGAGCGAGGAGAGAGGCUGCGGUGACGAGCAGCGGCCGCGCCGACAUGGGUGCGUCGGUGUUGCCCUAGGACAGGCGCCCGGGGACCCCAGUGGAAGCGGCGGCAGCCUCGGCGGCGAGCCUUCCCAGCGGCGGCGGCGGCCGCAGAAGCAGCGCGGCCAGGAUGAGCGGGAGCGGCGCGGCGCCCGGGCCGGGCUCGGGCUCCUCCCCGGCCGCCUGCCGCUUCGCGCACUACUUCGUGCUGUGCGGGAUCGACGCGGACAGCGGACUGGAGCCGGACGAGCUGGCGGUUUUGUACCAAUGGCUAGAAGCAGAUCGUCAUGGCAAGAGCCAAGAUGCUGCAAAUACGACUUCAGGUGAAAAUUUUGACCAGAGCCCUCUGAGAAGAACAUUUAAAUCCAAAGUUCUUGCCCAUUAUCCUCAGAAUAUAGAAUGGAAUCCUUUUGAUCAAGAUGCAGUGAACAUGUUGUGUAUGCCUAAAGGUCUGUCUUUCAGAACACAAACUGACAACAAAGAUCCUCAGUUCCACUCCUUUAUUAUUACCCGGGAAGAUGGCUCCCGCACUUACGGUUUUGUUCUUACUUUUUAUGAAGAAGUUACAAGCAAGCAAAUCUGCACAGCAAUGCAGACGCUGUACCAGAUGCACAACGCUGAGCAUUACAGCAGUGUGUAUGCUUCGUCCUCCUGCAGCAUGGACUCACUGGCAAGCAGCAUUGAUGAGGGAGAUACAACUUCUCUUUUGAAACUCCAGAGAUACAACUCUUAUGACAUCAGCAGAGACACUUUGUAUGUUUCCAAAAGCAUAUGCCUGAUAACACCGCUGCCUUUCAUGCAGGCCUGUAAGAAAUUCCUCAUCCAGCUUUACGAGGCAGUUACCUCACAGCAGCCACCACCCUUGCCACUUGAGAGCUACAUCCAUAAUAUCCUUUAUGAAGUACCCCUUCCUCCUCCAGGAAGAUCACUGAAAUUUUAUGGUGUUUAUGAGCCCGUCAUUUGCCAGAGGCCUGGGCCCAAUGAACUGCCUCUCUCGGAUUAUCCUCUUCGGGAGGCCUUUGAGCUCCUGGGAUUGGAAAACCUGGUGCAGGUAUUUACCUGUGUCCUUUUAGAGAUGCAGAUACUUCUCUACUCACAAGAUUACCAGCGCUUGAUGACUGUGGCGGAAGGCAUCACCACACUUUUGUUCCCAUUUCAGUGGCAGCAUGUUUAUGUGCCUAUUCUCCCUGCUUCUCUGCUACAUUUUCUUGAUGCUCCUGUUCCUUAUCUGAUGGGCCUUCAGUCAAAAGAAGGAACUGACCGUUCUAAACUAGAACUUCCUCAAGAGGCUAAUUUGUGUUUUGUAGAUAUUGACAACCAUUUUAUUGAACUGCCUGAAGAAUUUCCACAGUUCCCCAAUAAGGUGGAUUUCAUCCAGGAACUCUCUGAAGUUCUUCUUCAGUUUGGGAUCCCUCCUGAGGGCAGCCUACACGGCAGCGAGAGUGCCACCAAGCUGAAGAAUCUAGUUUUGAAGGACUUGGUCAAUGACAAAAAGAAUGGGAAUGUCUCCACUAAUAACAUCAGCAUGUAUGAGUUACUUAAGGGCAAUGAAACUAUAGCCCGACUCCAGGCUCUAGCUAAGAGGACUGGUGUGACUGUGGAAAAAAUGGACCUCUCUGCAUCUCUGGGAGAGAAAGAAAAAGAUUUAAAGUUGCAAUGUGAAGAGGCUGAACUGAGGGACUACAAGCUCAAUGUUCAGCUCCGUGAAGUCUUUGCUAACCGCUUUACACAGAUGUUUGCGGAUUAUGAAGCAUUUGUGAUUCAGACGGCCCAGGAUAUGGAAUCCUGGCUGACUAAUCGGGAACAGAUGCAGAACUUUGACAAAGCUUCCUUUCUGUCUGACCAGCCUGAGCCUUACCUACCGUUUCUUUCACGCUUCAUUGAAACACAGAUGUUUGCCACCUUUAUUGAUAAUAAGAUUAUAUCUCAGUGGGAAGAGAAAGAUCCUUUGCUUCGGGUCUUUGACUCUCGUAUUGAGAAGAUAAGAUUGUAUAACGUCAGGGCACCCACCAUGCGGACAUCUAUAUAUCAGAAAUGCAGCACUUUGAAAGAAGCAGCCCAAUCAAUUGAGCAGCGACUGAUGAAAAUGGAUCAUACAGCAAUUCACCCACAUCUACUUGAUAUGAAAAUUGGUCAAGGCAAAUAUGAGCGAGGGUUCUUUCCAAAGUUACAAUCCGAUGUGUUGGCAACAGGACCAACCAAUAACAAUCGGUGGGUAAGUCGGAGUGCCACCACGCAGCGCAGGAAGGAACGCCUUCGCCAGCACUCUGAGCACAUUGGACUUGACAAUGACUUGAGGGAGAAAUACAUGCAAGAGGCUCGAAGUUUAGGAAAAAACCUGAGACAACCCAAAUUGUCAGACCUGUCUCCUGCUGUGAUUGCACAGACCAACUGGAAGUUUGUAGAAGGUUUAUUAAAAGAAUGUAGAAUGAAGACAAAACGCAUGUUGGUGGAGAAGAUGGGACAUGAAGCAGUAGAGCUGGGUCAUGGAGAAGCAAACAUAACCGGCCUAGAGGAGAACACCUUGAUCGCCAGCCUCUGUGACCUGCUGGAAAGGAUAUGGAGCCACGGCCUGCAGAUCAAGCAGGGAAAAUCAGCUUUGUGGUCACAUUUAAUUCAGUUUCAGGACAGAGAAGAGAAGCAAGAGCACCUUGCAGAAUCACCAGUUGCCCUAGGACCAGAAAGAAGAAAAUCUGACUCAGGAGUUAUGUUGCCAACACUUAGGGUCUCCCUCAUCCAAGACAUGAGGCACAUUCAGAACAUGAGUGAGAUCAAGACAGAUGUCGGACGAGCCCGGGCAUGGAUAAGAUUAUCUCUAGAAAAGAAGCUCUUGUCCCAGCAUCUCAAGCAGUUGCUCUCUAACCAACCACUCACCAAGAAGCUUUAUAAGCGAUACGCAUUUCUACGUUGUGAAGAAGAAAGAGAGCAGUUUCUUUACCAUCUGCUCUCCCUCAAUGCUGUGGACUACUUCUGCUUCACCAGCGUGUUCACCACCAUCAUGAUUCCGUAUAGGUCAGUGAUCAUCCCAAUCAAAAAGCUGAGUAACGCAAUCAUCACCUCCAACCCUUGGAUCUGUGUGGCAGGAGAGUUGGGAGACACGGGAGUGAUGCAGAUUCCCAAAAACCUCCUUGAAAUGACUUUUGAGUGUCAGAACUUGGGGAAGCUAACUACUGUGCAGAUAGGUCAUGAUAACUCAGGCCUGUUAGCCAAAUGGCUAGUGGAUUGUGUGAUGGUCAGAAAUGAAAUCACGGGGCAUACCUACAGGUUCCCUUGUGGACGGUGGCUAGGGAAAGGCAUUGAUGAUGGAAGCCUGGAAAGAAUUCUCAUUGGAGAAUUGAUGACCACAGUGUCAGAUGAGGAUCUGGUAAAACAGUGUCGAACUCCACCCCAGCAGAAAUCACCCACCUCUGCUAGGAGAUUAAGCAUUACUUCACUGACAGGAAAAACACCCAAGCCCAGUGCUGGACAGAUCCAAGAAGGAAUUGGAGAAGCUGUGAAUAAUAUCGUGAAACAUUUUCACAAACCGGAAAAAGAGAGAGGAAGCCUCACCGUGCUGCUAUGUGGAGAAAAUGGCCUGGUGGCAGCACUUGAGCAAGUUUUCCACCAUGGGUUCAAAUCCGCCCGCAUCUUCCACAAGAAUGUCUUCAUCUGGGACUUUAUAGAGAGAGCUGUUGCUUAUUUUGAAACCACUGACCAGACUCUAGACAAUGAAGAUGAUGUCCUCAUUCAGAAAUCAUCCUGCAAAACAUUCUGCCACUAUGUCCACGCUAUUAAUAAUGCACCCAGGAAUAUCGGAAAGGAUGGCAAAUUUCAGAUUUUGGUUUGCCUUGGAACAAGGGAUCGCCUGCUCCCACAGUGGAUUCCACUAUUAGCCGAGUGUCCUGCCAUUACCCGAAUGUAUGAAGAGAGCGCCCUCCUUCGAGACCGCAUGACUGUCAACUCCCUCAUCCGCAUCCUGCAGACCAUUCAGGACUUCACCAUAGUCUUGGAAGGAUCACUCAUCAAAGGAGUGGAUGUGAACCCCAUUGGCUAGGAGCUCUCAGUCCAGACCCCUUCCUCCUGAACCUUCCCUGCCACACAAGUCCAUAUGGACCAAUUUGGACUUGUCUGAUGCAGUAGUGAGUCACUGCAGGGGGCAGUCCACCUUAUCCCCCACUUUGAACAAUCCUUAUGCUACAGAUAAGGCAAAUGCUGUAUUGUAGUUCAUUUGAACCUGGAAUUUAGUAUAAAAUAGAAUAUUUUCAUGUGUUAGAUGUGUGUAAAUACGCUAUCUUUAAGAUACUAUAUUACUCUAAUAAGAUACUUUUCUUAGAUUGAAUACUACUGUGACUUAAAAAUAGUAGUUUAAACACAUUGCGGGUUGGGGGAGAAGAGUGGUGCUAGUCAGGAAGAAGCCAGUAAACAUGUAAAUACAGUGUGACCCAGCGCGACUUUUUUUUUCCCCCGUCCACUUGUCACAAAGGAACCCAAAAUGCAGUGUUGUGCUGUGGCCAUCCAUCUCGGUGUCCCCGCCUUUGUAUUGUGAAAGUAAACAGAUUUAUCUGUUGUAUCUUUUUAGUUACAAACUGUUUCAUAUGUUUGAAUCAUGAGUCACUUUUCCAGUUUUUGGGAAAAAUUUUUGAGUCAGCAUAAGAUGAAGAUAGAAUUCAAGUAUUUUAAAUACUGGACCCCCAGAGCUUGACUGAACUGGAAAGAGAACACACAAAAACCCAAGAAAUGUGCUAAAUUGUGGGAUUAUAACUUCUUUACACUUUGGAAAGAUUAGCCUAGACCAACUUCAUUCUUGGCAUUUUUAUUCUUGUUCUUUGAGGUAUUUUGGGAAGAUGUAAAUUUCAAAGUGUUGGCCUCAUAGUUAGAGGAACUGCAAACAGCAGUUUUCGAUUGUGCUUUUUCAUUUUGCCAUCUAAACCUUGCAGUGGUGCUUUAGCUGUUAAGGUUUACCACAGCCCUGGCUCCGUUGGGUUCCAGUCACCCCUCUUUCCCCUCUACCCAUGCCCAUCCCCCUCUCAGGAAAUGGGAAGAAUGUUUAAGAAGGAGGAGAGCUCUGUGUGACUUGGAAUGUUUUUGUGAAAGUAAGUAUUUGUUGACCAUGAUAAUGCAAAUAACAGAAGGAGAAAGAAAGAAUGAACUCUUUCUGGGUGUUUCAAGGGACGCUUUAUGUUUCUCUGUAGGAAGGGAUAAAAAUGUACAACAACUGGUCCUAGAGAAGUUAAAAACCACUGCAAGACAGAGUGACAAAAUGAAAGCAAAACUAGAGGCAACAGUUUUUGAAAGACCAAAAGUUGUGAAUAACUUUCUAGUUUGGUAUUCUUUCAUAAGAAUGUUGCAUAAGUGUGGUAUUAGCUGGUUACUUAACUCCUCAUCUUAUGGCAGGUCAUGUAACUCUAAUUAGGCAUCUGCACAUUUCAGCAGUUGAAUUGCCUCAGUCAUGCUCUAGGUUUUAUUCCCAGUGUGACUGAGAAGUGCAGCCAUGGCCUCUCCGGAUCCUUGUGCAACCUGAGGGUUCUGGGCCUUACCCAGCAGUGCUGUUUCCCGGAGGAAGAAACUAUUGAAACAAGUGCCUCCCUCCCUUUAGUAAAUACUGUAUUCAUUCAGGACAGCCACAGAACAGCGCACUGAACAUAGUGGGAUUUAGUAUUUGAGAAAAAGAGGGUUGAACACUGUUAUCAGAAACUCAUGG